GAGGCUUUCAAGUGAAUCCGGAAAAGCUUAAACCCAAAAUACCAAACCCCUCAAAAUGAAGUUCAUCCUAUUCUGCGUUGCUCUGGCUGUUCUUUUGGCCAUGGGUCAGUGCGAUCCGGACUUCCGGCAGAUAAUGCAACAGUGCAUGCAAUCCACCCAAGUGACCGAAGCCGAUCUCAAGGAGUUCAUGGCCAGCGGCAUGCAGAGCAAUGCCAAGGAGAACCUCAAGUGCUAUACCAAGUGCCUGAUGGAGAAACAGGGCCACCUAGUCAAUGGCCAGUUCAAUGCCCAGGCUCUGCUCGACACCCUCAAGAAUGUGCCGCAGAUCAAGGACAAGAUGGAUGAGAUUACCUCGGGUGUGAAUGCCUGCAAGGACAUCAAGGGAACCAACGAUUGUGACACAGCUUUCAAGGUUACCAUGUGCCUAAAGGAGCACAAGGCCAUGCCAGGACAUCAUUAGGCUCUAAUUUGUCCUUAAAAAGUUGUUUAACUGAUUUGCACUUCUCGGGUGAAUGUUGUGAAAUAAAGAUGUUCAAGUUGCACUAAAGCAA